AUGAUCAAGAAGAACCCAGAUCAUCUGUUCAACAUGCGCAAGAAGCCCGACGAAUCCAUUCGAGAUUACAUCAAGAGGUUCAAAGCAGAAAAGGCCAACAUUGUAGGGUGCGACGACCAAAUCGCAUCAUCUGCCUUCAAGAAAGGUCUUCCAGCAGAACACGAGUUAUACCGCGAUCUGACUAUCACUCCCAGCCAGACUUUAGCAGAGGUCUUCGUGACCGCAGAACACUACGCGCUCUGGGAUGACGAUCGAAUUGCCGCGAAGAAGUCCACUGAGCAGGGAGAUCGGCCGACCAAGUGA